AUGCCUGCUGUAAGCCCACUCUCUACGUCUGGAGCAAGCGACGCCGUGGUGAACCUCCUCCACUUCAAGCUCUUCCAUCACUUCCAGACAAGCACCAGCCAGACUUUGCUGUUCGCACCCGACGUGUGGAAUCAUGCUUCCCAGCUCGGCUUCCAGUUCGAGUUCCUGAUGAAUGCAGUCCUCUGUGUCGCAGCGCGCCAUCUUGCCUUCUUGCCGCCACGAGACCCGACGUAUCCGACAGCUGCAGCGAGUCAUCUGUUUCGUGCCUUGUCUGGAUUCCGGCUUGCGCUUUCCGACGAUCUCACUUCGUCUUGUCUCGACGCUUUCAUCUUAACCUCGUUGCUACUACAGUUCGACAUAUGGUGUAGUACAGACUUAUUAUCGCCGUCAGCCCAGGGCGUGGUAUCCUACGACCCGCAGAAGGACCAAAUCUUUACAUUCUGCUCAAGCUUGAAGCAAGUGUUCCUGAGGAGCAUCCCAGUCUCUUCCGUCCAGGCCUCGGUGUGUAUGCCGUAUAUACGGUGCAGCCCGAUGGGCACACUCGCCCAAGCCGCCCAGAUCAGCAACGACACAGCAGCUGCAUUCCAGGAGCUCUUCUCCUACUGCCGACCACUCGCGCCCGAAAUGCUUAGCAAACCCUUCCUCUACUCCCAAAGCACAAAUGAGGCCGACAUGCAUGCGUUCUCGCCUCGUGUCCCGAAGACGCACGACGGGCUGGAUCCAAUAGAAGAAAGUUACGUGUCCGUACUUGACUGCCUCUGUCUCAUCAUGGCCUUUCUCCCCGAAUCGCGACCAGAGAGCCUCAUAGAGGACAAGUCGCCAUUGCUUGAGAGCUUGGCAAUAUUCAUUUUCUCGUUCCCGGUCAUGUGCCGAGGACCAUUCACGUCAAUGAUACAGCAGAGCGAUCCGCAUGUCCUGCUCUUGCUCUACCACUUCUAUCGUGCCGCGAGGAUACUACUCCCUUCGGGCCGGUACUGGUGGGCGUAUAAUCGGGCAAUCCUGAUGGAGACAACGCUGAAGGAAUGGUUGGAUAAGGAGUGUAUUCAGCAAGCUGGUGCAUAG